AUGGCUGCCAGCUCAGUCACCGUCCGGCUUGUGGACAGCCACUUGUGGACGCAGUGGUACCCGUUCAUGGAGAUGAAAAUCACCCGUGAAGGCACAAACAUGAAGCCACGAAUGUCUUUCCAAGUUCAAGGGCUCGACCCUGACCGCCAAUACGAUGUUUACUUGGAGUUCUGCAGAGUGGAUGCGUACAGGCAAGUUUUUAAAAAAUUCCAGACUACCAAAGCGUUUCAGAUGGCAGUACUUUAAUCGAAAAUGGCAGCAAAACGGUCCAGCAGCUCCGCCAGAUCUCCCUCAGCACGUCCGUCCGAAUGGUGGUGUCCGAAGUGGGAAAGAGUGGAUGGCUGAGCCCAUAUCUUUCUGGAAAAUUCUUCUGGGCACAAGAACUUCGAUUCAAACUUCUGUUCUGGUACGCCCUUCAGUUGAAAGCAAUGAUUGACAAUAUAACUUUAAGGUGCCUCUUAUCGGAAAUCAUCACUACGCUCCCAUUCUCACCAUCGUCGAUGUAGAAUCAAGAAGAGAUGUUCGAAACAUGUGCUUCCUGAACGCAGCGUUUUUGGCGGUCUCUAACUAUUAUAACAUGCAGAUAGGCCAAUAUAAGGCCAAUUUAUACGCGGCUGAGGUUAGUUUGUACACCGAAAAACUUUACUACAUAUUCGGAGUUUCCAGACUCGAUUCCCUCUCAAAGGAGCGAAAAAUCAGUGCCAAUUGAUGAUGAAACCGGCCUAUGAUUACGUCAACCAAGGAUAUGUGAUUGAUUUGAAGGGAGUGAGGACCAUCGUAACAGAAGAGGAACAUCCAGCAGAAAUGAUCGAAAAAGUGCUCACCGAGCCUGGCCAAGAAGGGACUAUGCGUGCUUUCAAAAUACCGCCGACAAGCGGACGCACACGUUACGCUCGAGACGUUGCCCAAAUUCUGACUCGUCAGGACCUUCCAAUUGACGAAGCAACCGAUCGAUUCUCUCUCCUGGAGUAUGAUCAUGGCUAUCUCUUUGAGGGCGGUGAUAAGAGCUGGGUUGAUGCCGCAGUGAAGGAUAUGCUGAGCUUUCUGGGGCUUUCGUACGAAGACGUCAAGGACCGUGCCGAGGAAAUCGAAAACGAGCUGAACCGUCGUCGCGGUUUCAUUUAA